GGGUUUUCCACAGUUUUUCCCAAAAACCCAAUUUCCUCCAAUAUAGUAGUAAAAUAUUUGAAAGAUAUUUAAUGUUGGUAAAACCUGAAUACAGAAAGGAGAAGAUAUAAGGAGGUGCGCAACGAGCUAAAAACAUUUUUCAAUUAUCAAUUUCGACAAAUUGAUUGAUAAUCAAACGAUCAUACAAGUAUCAAUUAUCAAUCUCAAAUUCAAAGCUAAAACGACUUAUCCGAAAAACAUAUAAAUGUUUCACAAGAAAAAGCUUUGGCUUGGAAAAUUCUUUCACAAAGGCACCAAUGCGUCCGAGAAAACCCCUGCAAUAGGGUGACGUUUCCGAAGCCGCAUUUAAAUAUUUUAUUUUCAGUUAGUUUAUGCAGACAUUUCGGUGAAGUUGCACGCGUCCGUGUAGUGUGAUAGUAGUUCCAGCGUGUCCUUCCCGACCAGAGCCUUACCUCCUUACAGAGGAAUACGCUCGAUUUCGUGUUGUAUUUUUACACUUCUUUAAAGGCUUAGUGAUCGCUUUAUCGUAGGGUAGAGAACGACGUGUGCGGUGUCCUGCCCGAUUUCCGAUGUUCAUAGUGGUACAUUACAUUAACACAAAGCAUCAUCAUGCAAAAGUUAUGCUACAACAUAUAAACUUUACACGAAACUCUUCACCUCCAAGCAAAUAAGCGCAAACUGCCGGCAAGUAAAUGUCCGUGCAUUUUCUUAGGGCGGUGGUAACAAAAGAAAUCCCUUGCGGUUCCAGUACUCAUUGGAAAUCGCAAUCCGUGUUUCGCGAGCAUUUCGUGAUUUGCAGCUGUAAAAUCUUAUGCUACGUUACGGACACACUCUGCAUAGCAGUGAGGACGUGCAGUGCAGAUUAAUGGCACGUCUGACCCAGGCCAGGAAUAUCGAUGACGUCACAAAUAUAGUGAGCCAUUGUAAAAUAUCGCAUCGGACGUGUUAGUACAGCGGCUAGCAGAUACUACAAAACGAUUCUAACAUUCUAUUUAGUGCAAGGUUUGGCAUGCCAAAUGGAAAAGCAAUGAGUGAAAAGUGUCGCAAGCCAUACUCCAGGAAGGGGGACCGUUUUAGCCCUUUUUUGUUUUGCUAUGGCAAAGCUGGAAAACUGCUAUCACAGAAGUGCGCAAAAGCGUAUAGUGUCACCAUUCCCUAAAAAUGAAGUAAGGCAUCGGAAUAGUUAUCAACACAAAGCGUGUUAUGGACAUCUGCAGUGCUUACUACAUGAGUAUAUAAGAAAUUAUGUAUUCCGUUCGUGAGAGCGUGAAUGAACGUAAAACGCAGCCAUGAAAAUGAUACCUGGGCAUAGAGACUAGAGCAAAGUUGGCUACGUUACCGUGUAUACAGCGUGCCAUGCGGCUCCAUUGCUUCGCUUUGCUUUUCCUUUUUUCUUUCUUCUGCACGCCGCAGGGAGGGAGAACAUUUCUAGAAAAGGAUACUUUGUACGGCAUUCGUAAGGGAAGUAGCGUUUAUUGACGGUGUUGUGCAAAUGGUUGUCCUAUUUUUCUUUUUCCUCCGCGUUUGCCCAUGCCCAUAAUGAUUGCCGAACCACAGGGCAGUUGGAAAGCGUUUGUUUGCUAUUUGUUUAUACAUUGAUGUGCUAUUUUGUUGCAUUUUGCCAUUCAUUGAUUCUAUUUAUCCGCUUCCAUUUCAUUAUUGUCAUGCAAUUUGCUAGUGUGCAACGAUGGAAAAGUUUAAGUUUUCCUUUGUUGUUGUUUGUUUGCAUCCACCCUACCAUCCGGCCCUUAUUUUUUUUUUUUGAGAAGGAUGCGUUAAACUAACCUUAGGUACUACUGUAGGGUACGCGAGGUGCGGAUUAUUAAAAUCAAUAAAAUAAAAAUAAAAACAUGAAUCCCACUUGAAGGAUAGUGUUAUUUGCAUACUCGAUUAUAAGACAACCUUCUGCGCUUGGAAGGGACUACUUUCCAAAACUGCUUUAGGAAGGUGUUAGUUUUGAACUCUGUUGUUGUUUUAAAAUGAAAAGCUAAUGUGUAAUGAUGAGAUCAAUAAAAAAUCUUCGUCUUUGCAGUCCGGCAUGUGAAAUGACAGCAGUGUACAGUAUAAGUGAAUGAAAAUCGUAGUAAAUUUAAUAAAUGUGAUCAGUAUAAUAAUCAUCGUAUUGAUAGAAUUGUUUUACUAAGCAUAGCAAACAACCCGUAUUAUUAAUGCACAAUGCCUGUACGCAGAGGACAUGUUGCUCCCAAAACAACGCUUAUCGAGACAAUUAUUCGAAAAUUUGAUACACACAAUCGAAGUUUUUUAGUAGCAAACGCACAACCAGAAUCAUGUCACAUCAUCUUCUGUUCGGAUGGAUUUUGCAAAAUGACGGGAUUUACCAGGGCGGAAGUAAUGCAACGAUCGGCCUGCACCGACUUUCUGCAAGGACAAAUGACCUCGGUCGGUGUCAUGGAAUCUAUAAGGGAGGCGCUAAGAAAAGGCGAAGAAAAACAUUUUGAAAUACUUUACUACAGAAAGGAUGGUUCCAAAUUUCUAUGCU